GUUAGGUUGACUGCAUUUUAACAAAGCCGAGCGCUCGCAAAGAGCACAAACUACCACUUGGCAGCACAUUCAGGACAAGACUGAAGUGAAGGAGGUGACUACCACUGUGCCUAUUGGCUCACCAGAAGUUGACUGUCCUCUUUCCUAUCGUGCCAGUGUCUCAGCGCAGGGAUGGCUCCGCGAAUGGAUGAUGUCAUGAGUCUGUGCUGCGAACUAUCGGCUAACGAGCAGAUCAAGGUGGCAGUAAAAAACUCCACCAAAGGCGCCAUGGUGGCCGGAGGAUCGGCCUUUGUGGGCGCGCUGCUCGGAGGACCUCCGGGGAUUGCUGUCGGUGGUGCAGUCGGUGGUCUCUUGGGCUGCUGGCUGACCAGCGGUCAGUUCCGGCCUCUACCUCAGAUCCUGAUGGAGUUGCCUCCCACCCAGCGACAGACGCUCUGCGAUCAGGUCGCGGCCAUCUUGAACAACCUGGACUGGACGGACGCGGCGCAGCUCAUCGCCCUCGUGAUGGGCAACGCCACCUUGCAGCAGCAGGUCACCGCCACGCUGCUGAACUACGUCACGAAGGAGCUGCGAGCAGAGGUUCGCCACAGAGACUGAGUUCUGAGGACACGAGGACUUUUCGGGGGGGGGGUCGGGCCGGCCGAGCACGACCGGAGUCCUUGUCACAUAUUUUUGUACUUUGUUGGGAGAAAAAGAAACUGUGAAACACGAUGUCUGUGCCAAAUAGAGAGCCAACUGUUUCUACCCUAACAGCAGUAGGGGAUGCUGAAUACUACUCGAGUUCAUAUUUUGAGUACUUGUACGCUACUAAAGUAUUUCUAUUGUAUACCACCAUAUACUUCUACUCCAUUACAGAUCAGAGGCAGAUAUUGUACUUUUUUUUAUAUUCUACAUGUAUUUUCAGGUUCCAAAUAUUAUUAUUAAUAACCCAUUUAAAUCAACGAUUAAAUUAGGAGGCAUUAUUAUGGAUUAAACCACCCAGCCCUGUAUAUAUUAUUUAAAAUUGGCUCCACCUUAAUCUUAAUGCUUCACAAAUUACAAUCUAGUGGUAUUAUAGAUAUUAUUCUGAAAAUAAAUAUAUUUAAAAGAGUGCUUAAGGUAUACUUUAAUGACAGUACUUCAAUCAUUUUAUUUAAGUAAAGGAUCUGAGUACUUCAUCAACUACUGCCGAACAAGAAAGAAGUCACUUGAUAGAAAGUCAUCUGUUCCUCAAUAUGAAAUGUUUUGUACGUGAGAAUGAAGUCAACAUAUACCUUCCUCUGCUUUUUAAACUCGAUAAGAAAAAUAAGAUAUUGUUCCUGGAGAAUCAUUUAUUCUGGUUUAGAAUGUAAAAAAACUCUUUCGGAUUUUCAAAUCAAAUAAACCAUUGAAGCUA